GUAUAUUUUAUAUCAUAUGACAUUUUAUCGAUCGUUUGUGUGUCACUAACGUUAAUGAAAAUUAUAUUUAUUUUACUGGAAUGACCGAAUCCCUUGUUAUUUUUGGUCGUCUUUGAGGUUUACGUUCAAAGCCAGUAACGUUACAUUUAUAAUUUUAAGUGCAUGUUUAACUUUAAUUUAAGUGAAUAAUGUUUCAGCUCCCGCUUUUAUUAUACUGUAAUUGACAAAAACGUCGUCUAUUAUUUAAUGUCGAAAACAAACUGCACAGAAGAUUUAAACCCCUCCCCCUCUGGUCGAGGUAUUUUCCAGCUGAAGGAUCAACGGGACUCCACUGGAUCACAUUCACUUUCGAUCCGGUUUUAACCUUAUCAUUUUGGUCAACGAGUCGAUUUCACAUUUAUUUGUCAAUCUCAGUCUGAAUGCGUCGGAUUUAUUUGUUUGGAUGUCCUUUAAGAAGGCGUUAACCAGCGAAACCCGACACCGAGGCUCAGCUGAGAGGAGGGGGCUGGGCAAAACCUUGACCCACCGCCCUGUGUUACCAGGAUUUACUUAACUCUUUUAUGCCUUUUUAAAGGUGUUUUGACAACCCAGCCAAAGUGAAAAUAUGGAGGCCAUCAAACUGAUGAAGGAGCUGAAGAGCAAUUUGGAUCAGGAGGUUCAUUAUCUACCAAAGGAAACGGGUCUCAGUUUGAUCGAAUCCACACAAGAGAACGGUAAUGGAGUUUCAGCCAAAUGUCGAGAUGCUCGAGUGGAAGAUCUCUGGAGCUUGACCAGUUUCUUCGGUUACAGCACUCAGACCUUUGUACUAGCCGUUAACCUGCUGGACAGGUUUAUAGCUAUGAUGAAGGUUCAGCCCAGGUAUUUGGCCUGCAUCAGCAUCGGUUGCCUUCACAUCGCCGCCCGAGCAACCGAAGAAGAGUGCAAUGUUUCGUCUAGCCAUGAGCUCAUUCGCAUCAGCCAGUGCAAGUUCACCGUUUCAGACCUCAGCCGAAUGGAGAAGAUAAUUUUGGAGAAGCUCAACUUCCAGUUAAAAGCCGUCACAGCCUUAACCUUCCUGCAUUUGUACCACACCAUUGCACUUUCGCACACGUCCAACAGAAAAGACGUCCUGAAUCUUGACAAACUGGAGGCCCAGCUGAAAGCCUGCCUAUGCAGAAUUGUUUUCUCCAAAGCAAAACCUUCGGUGCUCGCUUUGUCGCUCUUGAUGCUUGAGAUCGAGGCCUUACAGUCUGUGGACCUGCUAGAAAUCGCCCAGCGCAUACAAACACACUUGAAGAUCUCGAAGGCUGACCUGGUGCACUGGCGAGGCCUGGUAGGCCAGUGUAUGAGGGAAUACUCCUCUCCAGAAUGUGCCAAACCUGACCACAAGAAACUGGUGUGGAUCGUCUCGCGGAGGACAGCACAGAACCUGCACAGCAGCUACCGCAGCGUCCCCGAGCUGCCCACCAUCCCAGAGUGCGCAUGGGACGAGAGCGAGAGUGAGGAUUCAAGCGAAGACCUGAGCUCUGGGGAAGAGAGUCUGAGCAGCUCGCUGGGCAGCGACGCAGAGGGACACUACUUCCCCUCGAACUUUCGCUCCCGUGCCCACAGACAGUAAUACGCUGUAACCACUCGUCAAGGAGCACAACCGCCAAUGGAGAUGUGGCCUCCACGCUGAUCUGAAUGGCUCCCUUGUCAUCUUCCAAGAUGAUGUCACAGACCUCUUCUGGCUGAAACCUAAUAGCUAUACAGCGAGGUGCCAUUGUGCCUGGGUUCAACGAAACCACUGAGCCCAAAAUAUCAGAAUUGUAUUUUAAAACUCUUCUUUUAUGGCUUUACAGAAAGCCAGUCCAGAUACUGUAAACAUCUCUCUUGAUUACUUGUGUUAAGCUAAAAGUAAAAUAAUUCAGCACUGCACAACACUGGCAGCUAAAAACUAAAAAAAAAAAAUGUAGCGUAGUGUUUAUAGAAGUUGGUGCAUGUUCGGAUUUGUCAACAUUCCAGGCGGCUCAAUAUGACAUAUCCAAGGUACACUAGACUGUUAUAGACAACUUGAGAUUUGUACUUUGGUGCUUCGCACAGUUUAGUAAUAUGAUUGUAAGCGCGCGACAGCGGGAAAGCUGCGUGCCAGCAGAACUGCCGCCUCGGAGGUCAAAUAGUUAAAGAUUUAAUGUGGUGCGCAUGGUGUUCACAGAAAAACAGUGGAUUGUUUAUUUUUCGUGUGUGUGUGUGUGUGUGUGUGUGUGUGUGUGUGUGUGUGAUGUUGUUAACCUACUUGCCAAUUUAGUAUAAGUUUCACUUUAGCCGAUGUAUGAAGACAAAUACUGUAUGUUGAAAAUGUGCAACAACAACAAAAAAAAAAAGCCUAAAAACCUUAUAAAAUGUAAAAAAAAUGUCAAUUAAAAAAAUGUACAUUUGUAUAAUGUAAAAAAAAAAAUGCAUAUACGUUCUGUAUAGCAUCUUGUAGAUAUUAACUUAUUUAUUGUUAUUUUUGUCAUGGUAA